CGAGCGUGUACGACGUGAUUAAACACUAUGAGGUCGGGGAGGACGUCGGCUAUGGAGGUUACGCAGUGGUGAAGAAGGGGCGGGACAAACAGACGGGGGACCAGGUGGCCAUCAAGAUUGUGGACAAGUCGAAGUACGAUCCCGGCGACGAUCGUCUGGAGCACGAGAUAAAUGUGCUGCUCCAGAUCUCGCACCAGCGCUGUAUACAGGUCUAUGAUGUCUUUGUGACGCACCAGAAGGUUUUCAUCGUCACCGAGUUCGUGACUGGAGGGGAGGUGCUGGACAGGCUGCAGAGGCUUGGCCCCUACUCUGAGAAGGCGGCCAGCAUCCUCAUCAGGGAUGUCAUCGAAGGGGUGGCAUACCUGCAUGAGCAUGGCGUUGUGCACCGAGACCUCAAGCUUGAGAACCUCCUUCUGAUGGACGAGAGCCUGGAUUCCAAGGUCAAGAUCGCUGACUUCGGCCUGUCGAAGUUUUUCGGAAAGGAUGAGACUGUGCUGGCCACGAUGUGCGGCUCCCCAGAGUAUGUAGCCCCGGAGGUGCUGGGCGUGGAUGAACUAUCUGACCACUACACCCCUGCUGUGGACAUGUGGAGCAUUGGCGUCGUGCUGUAUGCCAUGAUGUGCUGCUACACGCCAUUCUACGACGACAAUCAGACCAGGAUGUACCGGAACAUCACAACUGGACGGUGGAAUAAGGAGGACCCUAACUGGAAACGACUCUCACCCCAGCUGAAGGAUCUGAUCAGCAGGCUACUGAAGGUCGAUCAGACUGCACGUCUGACAGCUAAGAGAGCUCUGGAUCAUCCCUGGGUCAAGGGGACCUGCUUUGCAGCCGAUGAGCCCAUGGGCCCCGUGCACCCAUUUGCUGACCUUGUCCGUCAGCAGAUGGAGAUUGAGGAUGAACAGAUCGAGGAGGCAGAGGACGAGCCCCAGACGUCAGCCAUGACCGACUACAUGCAGAAUGCGCGCACCCGCAACUCGAGCGCGCGCUGGUGA